AUGGAGUUUCAUCUCUUCCUUGGGUACCUAAGAACAAUGUAUUUCUUUGCAGGUAAAGGAUUGUUGGUGCCAAUGGGUUGGCUUACUAAAAUCCUUAAGGGUUCUAGUCACAAAUUCUCAGACGGACAAACCAACGGAAGAUAUAGAGAAGAUAGGAACUUGGAGAGUCCUCGUUACUCUGCGGAUGGAUCUGAUUUUGACAAGGAAGAAAUUGAUUGUGCUAUUGCACUCUCUCUAUCUGAACAAGAACAUGUCAUUCCACAAGAUGACAAAGGAAAGAAAGUAAUCGAGUACAAAUCUGAAACCGAAGAAGACGAGGAUGAGGAUGAUGAUGAAGAAUACACGAGAGCUCAGCUAGAAGCAGCAGAAGAAGAGGAAAAACGGUUAGCUCAGGCUCAAAUCGAGGAAGAAGAAAAACGACGAGCUGAAGCUGAAUUAGAAGAAACAGAGAAACUGCUUGCGAAAGCUCGACUAGAAGAGGAGGAAAUGAGGCGUUCCAAAGCUCAGUUGGAGGAAGACGAGCUAUUAGCCAAGGCCAUUCAAGAAAGUAUGAAUGUUGGAUCUCCUCCUCGUUAUGACUCUGGAAGUAUGUUUCAACCAUUCCCCUUCCUUAAUCCAUCUAGUCACAGGGUAUGCACUGGUUGUCGAGCUGAGAUUGGACAUGGGAGAUUUCUGAGUUGCAUGGGUGGCGUUUGGCAUCCGGAAUGUUUCUGCUGCCAUGCCUGUGAUAAACCCAUCAUAGAUUAUGAGUUCUCAAUGUCAGGAAACAGGCCUUAUCACAAACUAUGUUACAAGGAGCAUCAUCAUCCUAAAUGUGAUGUUUGCCAUAACUUUAUUCCGACGAACUCAGCUGGUCUCAUUGAGUAUAGGGCACAUCCCUUCUGGAUGCAAAAGUAUUGUCCUUCACAUGAGCGUGAUGGAACUCCUCGCUGCUGCAGUUGUGAGCGUAUGGAGCCUAAAGAUACAAAGUAUCUGAUACUUGAUGAUGGUCGAAAACUGUGUCUUGAAUGUCUCGACUCAGCCAUUAUGGACACUCAUGAAUGCCAACCAUUGUACCUCGAGAUACGUGAGUUUUACGAAGGCUUGCACAUGAAAGUGGAACAGCAAAUUCCUAUGCUCUUGGUCGAAAGAUCAGCUCUCAACGAAGCUAUGGAAGGAGAGAAACACGGACAUCAUCACUUACCUGAAACCAGAGGACUCUGUUUGUCUGAAGAACAAACUGUCACCACGGUGUUAAGGAGACCAAGAAUUGGGGCAGGCUACAAGUUGAUAGACAUGAUCACAGAGCCUUGCAGGCUCGUACGCCGUUGUGAAGUCACUGCAAUUCUCAUUCUUUAUGGACUUCCUCGUUUAUUAACUGGAUCAAUCCUUGCUCAUGAGAUGAUGCAUGCAUGGCUUCGACUAAAUGGGUAUCCAAAUCUUAGACCAGAAGUGGAAGAAGGGAUCUGUCAGGUUUUAGCUCACAUGUGGUUGGAGUCCGAGACAUACGGUGGCUCUGCAUUAAUAGAUGUCGCUUCGUCUUCUUCUGCAGCAGCAUCAUCGUCAGCUGCGGUCAUUGCAGCGUCCAAGAAAGGGGAGAGGUCAGAAUUUGAGAAGAAACUUGGUGAGUUUUUCAAGCACCAGAUAGAGUCAGAUUCAUCAUCGGCAUAUGGGGAUGGGUUCAGGCAAGGUAACCAAGCUGUUCUUACGCAUGGUCUGAGGAGAACACUCGACCAUAUUCGCUUGACUGGUACAUUUCCUUAA